AUGAGCUGCCCCGACACUCCAAAGAUGGUCUCUGUUUCUGAAAUUUCUGUGAAGAAUGUUAUGCCUUUUAAGACUCAUGUCUACAAGAAGACCUCUCAUGACAAAGCUGUUACGAUCUACAUAGGCAAGCGAGAUUUCAUUGACCAUGUAGAUGAGGUGGAACCUGUGGAUGGUGUGGUGUUGGUUGAUCCUGAUAUUGUAAAGGAGAAAAAAGUGUAUGUGACACUCACUUGUGCUUUUCGGUAUGGGCAAGAAGAUAUUGAUAUAAUGGGCCUGACUUUCCGGAAGGACCUAUAUUUUUGCAUGGUGCAGGUAUACCCAUCGCUAGAAAAACAGAGGCCGCUCUCCAGCUUGCAGGAAUGCCUACUGAAUAAACUGGGUAAAAACGCACAUCCUUUUGUGUUAACAUUUCCAGACUAUCUACCUUGCUCAGUAUGCUUGCAGCCAGCUCCCAAGGAUGUCGGGAAGUGCUGCGGGGUGGAUUUUGAGGUCAAAGCAUUCUCGACAGAAAAUGUGGAGGAGAAGGUUCUCAAGAGGAACUCCGCACGCCUGCUGAUCCGCAAAGUCCAGUGUGCUCCAGAAGUGCCAGGACCCCAGCCUCAUGCAGAGACCAGCUGGCAUUUUUUCCUGUCAAAGAAACCAUUGCACCUGAAGGCAUGCCUCAGCAAAGAGGUCUUUUACCAUGGUGAGGCGAUCCCUGUUACGGUGACUGUGAUCAACAAUUCUGAUAAGGUGGUUAAGAAGAUCAGUGUGUCAGUGGAACAAGUUGCCAAUGUGGUACUGUACUCCAGUGAUUUCUACACCAAGACAGUAGCUCUGGAAGAGGCAGAGGAAAAGGUACAGCCCAACUGCAUCAUCUCAAAGACUAUAACAGUUCUACCUUUGCUGUCAAACAAUCGAGUAAAACAAGGCAUAGCCCUGGAUGGGAAGCUAAAAGAUGAAGACACCAACUUGGCUUCUAGCACCAUUAUUAAAGAUGGGCUAGACAAGACAGUUUGGGGGAUCCUGGUUGCUUACAAGAUAAAGGUGAAGCUCACUGUCUCAGGCCUGCUAGGAGAUUUCAUUUCCAGUGAGGUAGCCAUGGAUCUUCCCUUCCGUCUCAUGCACCCCAAGCGAGAGGAGGUAAACACAACAGGAAAAGAAAAUGACCAAGGUGACCUCAUGUUUGAGGAGUUCUCUCGCCAGCAGCUGAAAGAUGAGGAUGAGAAGGCGGAAUCACUAAAUGAGGAAUGA